AUGGCGGCGAACAUCACGCUGCUGUUCUGGGCCAGCGUGAAGACGGUGAAGACGCGGAACAAGGCCCUGGGCGUUACGGUGGCGGGGCCCGACGGCGGCCGCGACGAGCUGUUCCGGAAGAGCCCCCGGCCCAAGGGACACUUCUCCGCCCGUGCCCGAGAGGUGAUUUCUCAUAUUGGGAAACUGAUGGAUUUUCUUCUGGAACACCGAAAAGAUUAUAUUAAUGCCUACAGCCCCAGGAUGUCGGAAUAUAUGAGAAUGACCGAUGCGGAACGAGACCAGAUUGAUCAAGAUGCUCAGAUCUUCAUUAGAACAUGUUCUGACGCCAUUCAGCAGCUAAGAACUGAAGCACACAAGGAAAUACAUUCCCAGCAAGUCAAGGAGCAUCAGACUGCGGUUUUGGGCUUCGUCGAAGAUUAUUUAAAAAGAGUGUGCAAAUUAUAUUCUGAACAAAGAGCCAUCAGAGUAAAGCGUGUGGUGGACAAGAAAAGAUUUCACUGGAAUCCCGCAGACGUGGUGCAGAAGCAACCUGGUCUAGCGAAUUGA